CCCAUGAGAACCCAAAGGCAAGAAUAGGAGGCCAUAGGCCAACAAAACCGACAAUUUUAAAACAAACCGCGGCCUAGCAUUCCCCGUGACAUUUUCCCGAGAAAAAGCGCCAGCAGAAGCUCUCUCGCUCUCUCUCUGCACGCUGACUAGUGAUCUUAAAAUUCAAAAACCCUUAACGAGGUUUUUGACAUAUGAUGAUAUGAACAGAUAGAUAGAAUUCUACAAUCAAUUUUGGAGUAAUGGCCAACGAAGUCAAAAAACUGGUGGUUCUGGGUAUUCCGUGGGAAGUUGAUAGUGAUGGGCUGAGGCAGUACAUGAGUCAAUUUGGUGAACUGGCAGAAGCUAUGGUUAUGAAGGAUCGUGCUUCGGGGCGCUCACGUGGUUUUGGUUAUAUAAUUUUCAGUUCUUCAGAAGAUGCGGAGAAAGCACUAAUAGCUCAACAUACCCUUAAUGGAAGGAUGCUUGAGGUUAAGAUUGCAACACCAAAGGAGGAAAUGAUUUCAACUUCUAAGACUAGCACUCGAGUAUUUGUUGCUAGAAUUCCUCCUAGUGUGACAGAUGAGGAGUUCCACAGCUAUUUUAUGAAGUAUGGUCCACUAAUAGAUGCCUACAUGCCAAAGGAUCCAGUGACGAAGCAACAACGUGGAAUUGGAUUUGUUACGUAUGAAAAUUCAGACUCCGUUGACCAGCUUAUGUCAGAAACCCAUGAACUUAAAGGUUCUACAAUUGCUGUGGACCGAGCAACGCCGAAGGGGGUUUUUAAAGGAUUUAGAUUUUCAAGACAGUCUUUUAAGAUGCCACAUGCUCCUCAAGCUUCAAACACAGUUGCUUAUAAUAACACAGAUUGCUGUACAAAAAUUGAAAGAAGUGAUAAUCAAGCCAACUUGUUGCCCCAUGUCAAUUCUGCCCCAGAGAGUGCUUGUGCACGAUUUGUUUCUGCAGGAGAUGCCAGUUCUGUCAUGGCUCAUAGUGGACAAACUGUAGAUGUCACUCCAGCAAAGUUGGAGAAAAGGUUAUUUAUUGGUCGUGUACCUCCUGAAGCAACUGCUGAAGAUCUCCAAGCAUAUUUUAGCCAGUUUGGUUGGGUUCUUGAUGUUUAUCUGCCAAAGGAUGUGAGGAAAAUAUGUCAUAGAGGCUUUGGAUUUGUCACUUUUGCUGAUGAAGCAUCAGCUGCUCGUGUUGGCCGACUUAGGCAUUUCUUACAUGGUCGAGAGAUUGCUAUUGACUCUGCAUCUCCAGCAGAUAAUGGUCAUGUAAGUGGGCAUAUUCCUGUUAAUCAGCUGUUAUCAUGUGGAGGUAAAGAGGACCUGCCUCAGGAAAUGUUUGUCGGGGGGGCCAUGGCUGAAGGUGACGGUCCUGUUAAGACUUUGUCUGGUUCUACGGCUAAGUGGGGAAAGAGGCUUUUCAUAGGAAGAAUUCCAAUUGAGGCUACUGCUGUUGACAUCCGGCUGCAUUUCAGCCAGUUUGGCCAGGUUUUGGAUGUGUAUCUUCCCAAGGAUGAUAGACGAACCUCUCAUAGAGGUUUUGGCUUUGUCACAUUUGCUGAUGAAAUCUCAGCAGAGUAUGCUUCUCAGAAAGUUCACAGGAUACUUGGGCAAACGAUUGUGUUAGAUCGGGCAGCUCCCAUAGAAAAUGAUGGGGUGAAUACAGAUGCUUCUACUACUGUUCUUGCCAGAGCUGUGGAUGGUUCUGUUCCAGUUCAACAUAACUUUUUGAGUGAACAUACUUAUAAUGCCAAGUGCAUGCAGUCUCAUGGUGUCUCUAUAAGUCGGCCAGUUAGAACUACACUGCGGUAUAAACCCUAUUAGAACCAAAAGAUGUAAUUCUAUCUGACAGGUAUUUUGGGUCCUCCUGAAGUGCCCUGCAGUCAUGCUUCAUGUGAGUCCAUAUCAAGACAAGUAGUUACCAACUGAAAAUCAUCAUCUACUCCUUUUAAAGGAUAAAGAUGGCAGAUGGAAUCCUCAAUAUGGUUGCUAAAUGAAAGACUUGAGCUCUUUACAAUGCCAUGGUAGGAUAUAUUUAUUGCGCAUUACAUGUCAAGCCUUUCCCCCUAAUGAAAAUAUUUCCUUUUUAGUUGGUCAUGAAAAUCUUUCUCUUUCUUUAAUGAAAUAUAUUAUAUAAUGUGUAUGAUAAAUGUUCUUCAUAUGAAGUUGCAUUAGGUUACUUGCAUGGCUUAUAGCCUACUCAUAAACCUAGUAUUCCCA